GGCUCACGCCGUCCCCGGCCGCCCUCCAGCUCCCAGCGCCUGGCAGCCGGGACCCCGCGCGCCGCCCCGCGCCAGGGUUCGCUCCGAGAGCCCGGUCCGAGUCGCCGCGGCUCGCUCAGGUUCCCCCGGCCAUGCGCCCCCGCGCCGCCCCCCGCUCCCCCGCCGGCCGCGCCGCCGCCGCCGCCACGCUCGAGCUCUGCAGCCUCCUGCUGCUGCUGCUGCUCCGACCCGGACACGCGUGCCCCGCGGGCUGCGCCUGCACCGACCCGCACACCGUGGACUGCCGCGAUCGCGGGCUGCCCAGCGUGCCCGACCCUUUCCCCCUGGACGUGCGCAAGCUGCUGGUGGCCGGCAACCGCAUCCAGCACAUCCCCGAGGAUUUCUUCAUUUUCUACGGCGACCUGGUGUACCUGGACUUCAGGAAUAACUCGCUGCGCUCGCUGGAGGAGGGCACGUUCAGCGGCUCCGCCAAGCUGGCUUUCCUGGACCUCAGCUACAACAACCUGACCCAGCUGGGCGCUGGCGCCUUCCGCUCGGCGGGGAGGCUGGUCAAGCUGAGCCUGGCCAACAACAAGCUGGCGGGCGUGCACGAGGACGCCUUCGAGACCCUGGAGUCGCUGCAGGUGCUGGAACUCAACGACAACAAUCUGCGCAGCCUCAACGUGGCCGCCCUGGCCGCGCUGCCCGCGCUGCGCACCCUGCGCCUAGACGGGAACCCCUGGCUCUGCGACUGCGACUUUGCCCACCUCUUCUCCUGGAUCCAGGACAACGCGUCCAAGCUGCCGAAAGGCCGCGAGGAAAUCCAGUGCUCCCUGCCCCUGGGGAACAGGAGGAUAUUCCUGCAUGAGCUGUCCGAGGCCAGCUUCAGCGAGUGCAGGUUCAGCCUGUCGCUCACGGACCUGUUCAUCAUCAUCUUCUCCGGGGUGGCCGUGUCCAUUGCUGCCAUCAUCUCCAGCUUCUUCUUGGCCACCGUGGUGCAGUGUUUCCAGAGAUGCGCGCCCAACAAGGACACAGAAGACGAGGACGAGAAUGAGGACGACUGAGGCGCCCCCUCC